AUGGCCACUUGUCCUUUACUAUGUGAUAAGUGCCAUGUCUUCACCUAUCAGCACGCUUCACUCUGCCAGCAGGAUGCCCUGCCCAGCUGCAACUGCUUUAUACUCAGUCCACAGGUCUCCUGGGCCGUGACGCUCCUGCUGCUGCUGCUGCUGCCACCUGCCCUGCUGUCGCCCGGGGCGGCUGCGCAGCCCCUGCCCGAUUGCUGCCGCCAGAAGACAUGCUCGUGCCGCCUUUACGAGCUGCUGCACGGCGCCGGCAACCACGCUGCGGGCAUCCUCACGCUGGGCAAGCGGCGGCCAGGACCUGCGGGGCUGCAGGGCCGGCUGCAGCGCCUCUUGCAGGCCAGCGGCAACCACGCGGCCGGCAUCCUGACCAUGGGCCGCCGCGCAGGUGCAGAGCCAGCGCCACGUCCCUGCCCUGGCAGCCGCUGUCUCGCUCUGGUCCCCACGGCCAUGGCACCACGUUCAGGGAUCUGAGUCCUUCCUAGGCCCCGCGCCCUCCCCCUUUUGCUCCCUAGCAAUAAAGACGACUCUCCCUCCCGUG